CACAGAUCGUCGCCCUCCGCGAGGAUAUACCUCUCGCGGUGGAAGGAAUCAUGAACAACUCACCGCAGAAUACGGAGGUGGCCGGGCAACAACACCGGACCGGCGUUGAGAACAGCGACGAGGAGGAAUGGAGUGGUGUCGUGGAAUGUGUAAUGUUAUUACAUCGACUCGUGUAUCGAAAGAAUGAUUUUUAUUUGCUGAAACAGCCUUCCUCGAGCAGUUUCUUGUUGCCCAUUUCGAGUUGUUUUUCGUGGUCAAGGAAAUUCUGUGGAUUGCACAACGCUGUUCUGGAGAGGUCAAAGUCAGACCGGGUGACACGAGCGGACGAGGACAGACGCCGACGUACCAUCAUCGUCGAGAAGAAGAAUGGCACGUACGGUUUCACGUUACAGAGCUAUGGAAUUCAUUACAAAAGGGAGCAAGAAAUCGAGAUGGUCACAUACGUGGACUACGUCGAGUACGACGGACCAGCAUUCAAAGCCGGUAUGCGCGAGGGUGACGUGAUACUCUCGAUAAAUGGCCAUGAAAUGGACAGAGCCGAUCACAAGACGUUAGUCAAUUUCAUAAAGAACUGUGAUACUAGGAUGCGGAUGGUCGUGUCUUUCGAAGACUGUGUAAGAAAGGUGGAAUUGCAUAUGCGUUAUAUCGAAUUACAACGUGCUCUCCAAUCGCGGCUCAGUGAAUUGGAGAGACUUUGCGAAAGGGAACGGUCUAUUCUCAUGGGUCGGUGGAAAACCCAUUCACUGCCAGCACGCAAAAGAACGCCUAACAGCGUAAUCACCAAUAACCCCAAUCAACCAUCGCCCUCGUCAAGCUUCAAUUCUUCCACGAUUCAGUGUUGCAGACCGGCUACGUCCACGGAACAUUUACUCCUCUACAAUGUGUUUGCCGAUGGACGACCAUGCUUGGUUCCCCGCAACGCCGCCUGCUUAGUAGCCAUAGGCCCUCCUCGCUCCCGCAGCGACCACCAUCAUUUCCUCUCAAAAAUGUCCAGCGAAUCAGGAGUGACCACUUCGUCGCGACACAGCUAUCACCAAGCAAACGGGAUGAACAGCACGCCAGCCAAGUCGAAAAUGCAUAAAUCUUGCCAGCAACAACAACAGUCGAAUACGAACGGAGAACCGACUCCGCUUCAUCCUCCGCCACAGAACAGUUUAUGCGUCGCAUGUAUUUCAAGCGCGAACCGUCGUAGAGAACACUCGGAUAGCGGUAGCUUGGACGCGUACGAUUUAGCCAGUCCCUGUUGUGAUCCAAAUUGUGUGCCCAGUCGUAGACGACGGGAGAAACAGAGGAGGGCGAGAAACGAACAGAACCACCACCAACAGCAACAGCAGCAGCAGCAGCAGCAGCAGCAGGUACAGCAUCACCACGUACAACGAGAACAAUCGCAACAGCAGCAGCAACAUGGUACGCACAAUUGCUCACGCACAUCGGGACAUAGUUUGCAUUCCAUCACCAGCAGCGACGUGUCGACCACUGCUGACAGCGUCGCCUCUUGCUCGACCAGCCUAAGUACGGACACGCUUUAUUGGGAUCCAAGCGUGCACCAACGACCACCACCGUGCCUUCAGUAUGCCAAGCCAAAAUCCUGGGACAAUCUGACUACGAAGGCAUUCGGAGGCUAUGGCUUUGGAUACGGGUAUUUGGACACGGCCACUAUAAAAACGCAUAGCGCCGAGAGACCAGGCAAAGGUGCCCACGGACGAGCGAAAACGCCGACCGGUACCGUUCAGAGAAGGACGAGCAGUAGUACUACCUAUUCCGGAAGUUCCACCAGACAUUUUCAGCCGACCAAAUCUACAGAAAGUUUACUGAUACCUCCACCUUAUCAAACGGAGUUGGAUGCGAGUCUAAGCUGCGAAUGUCUAGAUGGACCAGCUCCUAGGUGCAUACCCAUUAUUCAGAUGGAGAAGCACAGUAGACAGGAAGAGGGUAGCUACGUUAUCAAUACGCACACGCAAGUUCGACAUCGCCGGUCUAGUCAUUCGGAUGGGAAAUUAAGGGCUCUAAAUAAUUCCGAGGUGACGCGUCUGUAAGUCGUGUUUCUUGU